UUGUACAUUUUUAGUUCAUCUUACUGCAUUGUAAGUAUUUUCGAUACCAUUUUUGGUAAAAAGAAGAUAUGAAAUCUAAUCUUGUGGAACUUUUCUUCCGAAAAUUUUCCCAGAUGCAACCCUUAAUCCCAAACGUAACACGAUAUUUUAGUCUAGCAUUUUUUUCGACAAGUUAUUCCCAAGGUUUUAAAUUCUUCUUGGCAGAGUGUCCCCUCCUUAUCAGAGUGCUGCCGUUCAAUUUUGACCAAAAUGAAGGCAGACUUACUUCUCCGAGGAGGAGAAAAGUGGACAAAAUCGUGUUCUGGGCGUCAUAUGCGGUGAUUAUCGUUUACACCGUGUUUUUCCUUUGGAAAAUCUUGGGGCGGCUUGGAAAUUAUGAGGGGACUUCAAUCAGUAUAUCGACCCCAGAGGAAGAAGGAGAACAUCAGACCAUCAUGUUUCUGGGAACGCUAAGUUGUUGUUUUUUCUUCUAUGACACGACACUGUUGUUACCUGGAGAAACGGCUGCAGUUUCGGCCAUGAUCACGGAAACGUUUGAAAUAGAAGCUGAUUUAAUGACAAGAACAGCUGGAUCGCCUCCCCACGUCGAAACCAUCAUGAGGAUCCUUCUCGCCAUGUUAUUCGCCUCAAGGACGAACCUACCCUUAAUCAUGGCACUCUUGAGCAUCAUUAUGCCCCAGUUCGGUUUAUCAUCUCUUUUUCCCGCAGCUAAUUUUGAAACCCACUUAUCAACCCUGCUAAAAACCAUGCUGGUCAUUGUGGAAGGUUGGUUCUGGUGGAGUGGCUGCUGUUCCGUUCUCUUCACAAAUAUGAUCGGCUACAUGGUUCCCGUCAUGGUAAUUAAGGCCAUAUUGGAUCAAGAAUUGGGGGAAAACGGUUCAAACUUUUGCAGCCUAAAAACUAAAUACCAGAGAUACCGCGGACUUCAAAUUUUCGUCAAUGUUUUCAACUCCUGCUGGGAAUCGCCUUUUAUCCUGAUUUUCCUCCUGGGCUGGACCAUCGUCAUUACUCACAGCUUAUUCGUGCUGAUUCACUACCACGAGAAAAUUGGAAUUUUGACCCUAAUGGUUUUCGCAAAUUUGACCAUUUACGGUAUAAUUGUGAUUGGAAUGUUGCACAUUUUCGCGGCACCGUAUAAAAUGUCGCGGGAGGUGGUGCGUGAGUGGGGGCGAAUGGGGGGAAAUAAGAAAAUUUUACGAUCUUGUGCUCCAUUAAAAGUUAAAAUUGGCCGUGUAAAUUUCUUCGAUAAGUUUACUUCGCUUUUGGUCUUGCAGUUUUGUGUGACGGGGGUGGUGAAUUUGCAAGUGGGGAUUGGAUAAUGCCCUUGUAAAACUCAGGCAGGUAGUGAUUUCUCGGUAGUAAAUCUGGUACCGCUGAGGAGUAAAAUUAUACCGGUCCGUAAAACUUUGCUACGUAUAUGGUAAAACGUUAAUACCGAGCUAUUACUAUACCGUAUUACUAAUCAAUACCACUUGAUGUUACUUGAAUAUUGGAUUACCUAUAAUCGACAUAAUCGUUAACCUCGACAUAUAUUACUCUACCGGUACGGUAAUAACAGGAAUUACCGUUUAGUAAUGUUGCACAAAUGAAAAAUUUACAGUUCAGAAACCAACUACUUGGUUACUACCAAUCGGGUAGGAACUUAUUAUAAAAUUAAUACCAGUACGGAGCGUAUGUACAUAUGUUGCUCAACCAGAUUUGUAAUAG